UUAGUAUUGACUCACUCGGGAUAUUGGAAGCAACGCGGCAUGUGCGCGCUGUUAUAAUUAGGUUAAACAUAUGAACACACACUUGCACACAUAUAUACGUAAAAUAUUUCUCAUACAUGGACUUCGGGUCUAUAUCUAUGACGUCGUUGUGCGAUCUUUGACUUGAAAAUUGCAGUAAGAAGCCGGAUUCCUAAAAAAAUUAAACAUUAUUAUUCGUGCAAGCAAAGUGUAAAGACCUUAUAAUGUGUGUUUUCUUUCACAAUAAUUGUCCAAACGAAUCGUCCAUCCUACCUACAUAUACAUAUAUCACAGACAAGUAUAUAAAAUGUCUGAUGUAAAAUACGUUGUGGUGCUACCAACUAAUCCUCAGUACGACAGGGUAACUGAAGUUGCGAUACGAGGAACUUUACUCCAGGAACCUCAGCAGUUUUCCAUCAACUUCGUGAAUAGCCCAAGCUGCACGGACAAUAUAACAUAUCAUUUCAAAGUAAAUAUUCCAUCGCAGAAGAUCAUCCAGAAUUAUAAAAGCGAAGGCGAGUGGAGUGCAUCGGAACAGCAAACUGUUUUAAAUAUAUUCGAUGGUAAAAGCGAUUCAAAUAAGUCAAAAAACCUUGGUAAUAUUAACGGCGGUCUUGAUGCCGCAAAUAACUAUUCGUUCACAGAAGCCGCAUUUUCACUAGAGUUUAAAUUAGACUAUGAAAAUUCUAGUAUACGCGUCCAUCAAAGGCGUGGAAAAGGCGCUAACUAUGUUACAGAAUAUGAGACCUUCUUUUCACUCUCUGAAAUUCAGUCCAUUCAAAUAUGGGGUGAUAUCAAGAAAAUUAACCAGUUCUCUUUGAAUUACGAUUGAGUGAUGCUGGAUUUUUCCCCAAAAUAAGCUUUUAAGAUUUCAGAUUGUGUUGCAUUGGUUUUCUCUGGAAUCGUGCCUGAAUUGCAUCUUCACUAAAAUAAAAAUUCAACAAAUCUGUUGAAAUUCGAGGAAAACCGAAUGAUUUAAGGAUAGCGAAAAAUUGUUUUUCUUUUCAUUCAAUUCAUAUUUUUCUCACAUAAUAUAGGGUAAACAACGGAUGUGCCUGCCCCGUAUGUUGUGGGAAUAACGCAAUGAACUGAGCUCUACAAACAAUAAUAAAUUUACUAUUCCAUAAAUUACAUUACUGUGUAUGUUUACGUUUAUACUUUUAUAUUCAAUGUUUUCAUUUUCCAUUCCCACCGAGUAGAUGUGGAUGGUACAUAGUAAUACAAAUGCGCUUAUCUCUAUUCUUAUCUAUACAAAUAUUUACAAUGAAAUAUGAUAAUAAAACAGAAAUCUUAAAUCGCAGAUAUAAUACAUUCUUGUUAUAUUGGUGACAUUUACUUCUACUUAUAAAUUUUCAGAAAAUAUAAAUUGUUAGUAUAAACAAACAGGUACGCACCUUGAGCUUUUAUUAUAGAGACGUCAUUCUCUAUUACCUUCUCAUGAAAUUGGAAGUGCUCCUAAAAUCAGAACAUGCUGGGAUUGUUUAGGUUCUAAAUACUAAACAUAAAC